UCACCUGACGCUUGCGUAAGAAAGACGCGUAUCACGCAUAAGCUAGCGAAUCGUCGUGAGGUUCGCGUCCGAAGAGGAGUAGAAAAAAAAAAGAUCCGAUACAUAUUCCAGGACCGUCGCCGGACAGUUUGGUGGAGGAAGUCACUCCCGAGAGCGAUAAGAACUUUUCCACGCGCUUUUUUCGCACCGAGAGCUUGCGCCUCUGAUUGGCUGCGGGUAUAUAUAGCCCACAUACAACAACAACAACAACAACGAAAAAAAUACCUCGAAUAGUCGCGUGCGCGAGAGAUGUCGCCGUCCCCCACCACGAGGAUCGGUGCGAAGAACAAGGGGGGCGGGGAGCAGCCACAGCUUAGAGCACCAGCAGCGACCAGCUCAAACGACUCUUAUAAAGAGUAUGUGUACAGUCCCGUGGCAACGAGUCCACUGUCUUCGUCGGUCUAUCUACCGACUACCCUGCCAAUCGACGAGGACAAGCCGCCGGUCAGUGUUGUACCUCGCAGGACCUACUUCAAUUUCGUCGCCAUGGAGGAGAGCGGUUCCAAACUGCCGCAGUAUGUAGCUGCGACUGCCGCCAAUCUAUGCAUCUUCGCCGGAGGAGCGAUGAUGGGCUGGACGAGUCCGGUUCUCGCGAACAUGGGCAAGAACGACACGAAGUCUAUGGAUGACAAUCCGCUGGGGGUCGUGGUGACGGAUGACGAAGGAUCAUGGGUCGGCUCACUCAUGACUUUGGGCGCUGUGACCGGUAGUCUCUUCUCCGGAUACAUCGGGGAGAGGUUCGGCCGGAAAAAGGCUCUCUUGGCUACCUCGAUACCUUUCCUCCUGGGCUGGGCUCUGAUCGCCACGGCCAAAAGCCUGGAACAACUGUACGUGGCUCGGUUCAUCUUUGGUAUCGCGAUCGCGAUAUCCUUCACGGUCGUCCCGAUGUACUGCGGUGAGAUCGCGGAGACCAGCAUCAGAGGAGUCCUGGGCUCGUUCCUGCAGCUCUUCGUGACGUUCGGCCUACUGUACGCUUACGCGAUCGGUCCGUUCGUCUCGUACCUCAUCUUCUGGAUCGUUUGCGCGGCUGUGCCGAUCGUCUUCUUCGCCUGCUUUAUGUUCAUGCCGGAGUCGCCCUAUUGGUUGCUGACCAAGGGAAUGAAGGCCGAGGCCGAAGAUGCGCUUUGCAAACUGAGAGGAAAGACUUCCAGCGGUGUUCAGAAGGAGCUUGGCGAUAUGCAGGUCGCAGUGGACCAAGCCUUCAGCAGCGAAGUGAAGAUGACCGAUCUCUUCACCGUCAAAGCCAACUUCAAAGCUCUCCUCCUCACCUGCGCCGGCGUGAGCUUCCAGCAGCUGACGGGAAUCAACGUGGUCCUCUUCUACGCCCAAAAGAUCUUCGCCAGUACGGGCAGUGCGAUCGAUCCGGCCGUCUGCACCAUAAUCGUCGGAGUAGUCCAGGUCUGCGCCUCGGGUGUCACCCCCAUCGUCGUGGACAGACUCGGCAGGAGGAUCUUGCUCAUCGCCUCUGGUGUCGGAACCGCCGUCGCCACGGGCGUCCUCGGUGUCUACUACUACAUAAUGGACGUUGAGAAAUCAGAUGUCUCAAGCCUGGGCUGGUUACCCAUCGCAUCUCUCGUCCUUUUCAUGUGCCUCUACUGCGUCGGUUGGGGUCCAUUACCCUGGGCCAUAAUGGGCGAGAUGUUCUCGGCUGAGGUCAAGGCCAAGGCUUCCGGUAUCACAGUUUGCAUCUGCUGGGCUCUGGCCUUCGUCAUCACCAAAUUCUUCAGCAACAUAGCGGCUGAAUUCGGCAACCACACGGCCUUCUGGUUCUUCACCAUUUGCUGCAUCGUCAGCGUGCUGUUCACCGUUUUCCUGCUACCGGAGACUAAGGGAAAAACUCUCAGGCAGAUUCAAGACGAGCUCAACGGAGUCAAGAGUUUGGAUUACGACAACGAUGAGCGAGGACAGGUUUCUGGGAAAUAGGGUGUGAAUGUGUUUUGCGGCCCUAAUUUUAAUGAUAUAAAAUUAUGGCUUUGCAAGUGUGGAAAAUCGGAAUGAAAGGGUCACUGAGUCCUAUGCGAACAUUGAACGAUAUGCGGACAGCUGGCGUAUUUUUUAAUUUGUUGGGUACGUCAACUUGUUGGUCUGUUCUAAUGUGAAACAUUUAACAGUAUUCGUUGCUGUUCAAAAUAUACUAGAUGUUAGGAAUUCGUCGCCUUAAACCCAAAAGUGCCUUGAAAUUGUAGUACAUUGCGCACAAAGAGUCAGGGGAUUGAUAGUCAUGAAUGACUGCCAAAGGCCGUUACCACUAUUUUUGAUAUGCAAAUUUUUAUUAGGAUCAUCAUGAUAGAAGACGUUUGUGGAUUGUUCUUUCGCGUGAUCAAAAAGUAUUUUACUAGAGCAGUAAUCAUACAUUUUUUAACAUACAACUAACUAUUAUUCUAUACGUAAGACAAACGAAUGCAUUUCAGAAACAUUGUAAAAUUGUAUAUUAGCGUCGUCUACAACUUGGCGAUGAUAUUAAUUUGAUUCAUUCACAGACAGAAAGUAAUUGAGCGCAUUUACGUAUCGCAGUUCCUGCCUUCCUGUAUUUAUUAUUGCUACGUCAUAUGAUAGCAGUUUUAUUUGACCUUAAGGUGACUAGUCAAUGUAGCAGAUUAAGCGUAAACAAUAUUAUUUAAAAAUCUUCAUCCAUAAAACAAUUAUUUUUUAAUUCGUAUCCCGGUUAUUGACGUUAUAAACAGAGAGAUUGUAAAGAUGCAGACAGUAUUUUAUUACUGAGUUAUAUCAUGUGUAAAUACCUUAGCAAUAUUACACAUCACAUAGCCUCGGGGAAAUCGAUGAACGCCGAUAUCCUUAUACAGAGGGAUAGAGUCAAAUACAGAGAAACUCUAUUUCAAUCAAUACUAUUAGACAUCAAACUAUGUAAAAUAUUUUGUAUCAAGGCGUGUUAUAAUUAUCAGAAGAAACAUACCUAUACGUAGCUGUACAUUAAUAUUGUUUAAUAAAUUGACAUUAUUUGAUAUGCAAGAUAAAA